AUGACAGCUGUGUGGUGUGAAGAGAUCCGAGAGAGCCGACGACGUCUCUGUGCCAAGUUGGGGACUGAAAACCCCCGCUUGGAAGACUUCAAGCUUGUGGCGCUCUCUCCUAGCACCACGGGACAAGCCAAUUUCCAGUUCCCGAGAGUGUGGGAUUUGGCUGAUCCAGCCGGCUACUACCAGAGGGUGAUCUUGCCACGGCAAAACAAGGAGAAACGACCGGAUCACCGUAAAACUGCGGGCCCAACCGGGGUUUCUAAUCCUUCACCUGCAGACGGUCCGUCUCUGGAAGCAGAAGAUCCAGAUAAGGUUAAGAGAUCCAUCCAGCAUGCUCCGCAGUGCCCGAAAACGAAAAAACCAAUAUGCUGGGACGCAGCCUGCCACAUUGGCUGUCAUCGGAGUGCCUGCCCCAAUGCGCAUGAGCCUCUGCCAAAGCUUUCCAAGUUGGAUUACACAGUUGCUAUGCAGGUGCUCCGGCGCGGAGGUUUGCGCAGCGGACCAAAAGUGAAUCCCCAGGAAGUUGACGGAAGAGUCGCACAGCUCAGAGCUCAGGCCAAAGAAGAGCAGGCCUCCAAGAUAGAACCUGGUGCGACCGCCCAAGGGAAAGCCAGGGCACAUCCCAAGGCCAAGGCCAAAGAGAAGGCCGGGUGGGCUGUCCCGGAAGAUUACCAGGGGCCGGUCACCCAGCUCGAGCACGAGCUUGGAAACCUUGCUGAGGGACCUGAUCACUCAUGGCACCAGCAAUUUCGUCAGGAUACAGAAGUCACGGCGGUGCAAGCUGGCACAGAUGAGGCACAGAAACGAAAGGAUGUGUACGAAAAGCUCCUAGCUAGCAAGAAACUUGCCCCCCUCUCUGGUUGCAGCGAUCACCUUCAUUCCCACGUGGCCUCUCACUUUGUCAAUGCAGAAAUGCAAGGCAGGGUCGUACAGCUUUCGGAGAUACUGACCCAAGCCAUUGAUUACGGUCAUCCACAGCUCGCUGAGGAGGCUCAAGAAGUUCUGAGUUCCAUUGGGGUCAAGGCCGGUUUGAUUCUUCCUGAGCCCGAAGCUUGUUUCGGCACCUUCGUUUGGGCAGAAGGAGUUGGUAAGGGUCAAAUGACUUUCAGCCACCCUUUGUGGGAAGGCGUCCCGCCCGUUGACAUCCUUGAUGCCCAGGACAAGUUGAUUCUGCCUGAGGACCUGCAGGUCGCCUUGCAACUCGGGAGCGAGAAAGCGGAGGAGAUGCGUCAGUGCCUCUGUCUCCAUGUUGCCUUGGCGUUUGAAGCGGACUUGCCUGCAGCCUGGGAGAAA